AUGUCUGAGCCCUGCCAACACCCGGAGCUCUACGGCCAGCUCUGUACCCGCUGUGGCGAGGAGGUCUCAGUUGACGAGCUCCAGAACCACCAGCCCAUCGUUGGAGGUGGCAUCAGCAACGUUGGCUUGAGCGUUCGGCGCGAGAAUGCCCAGCAAUAUGGUCAGGAAAACGCGAACAAGCUGCUCGAAGCGCGCAAGCUCAUUCUCAUUCUCGAUCUCGACAAGACGCUCAUUCACUCAACCAUCGACUCAAUCGCUAGCCACUGGCUGCGCGAGGGAGUGUAUGACAUCUUUCAUUUUGACCUUGGUAAACACACUUACUACACCAAAGUCCGACCAGGUCUCCAUGCCUUUUUGGAAGACCUUUAUCCCUACUAUGAGAUGCACAUUUAUACCAUGGGGCGCCGAAAUUAUGCUGAGCGCAUCCUCCGUAUCAUCGACCCGAGCAACCGCUUCUUCUCCACGCGCAUCUUGACUCAAGACGAGAGCUUCAGCAUCGAAAACAAAGCCAAGAACUUGGAUGCCCUCUUGCCCGGUGGCGACAGCAUGGCCGUAAUCCUGGAUGAUCUGCCCGCAGUCUGGGAUUUCCAAACCAAUGUGGUGCCUGCUUUGCCCUAUGAGUUUUUCAAGCAUGUUGAAGAAGUCAACGCCAUCCCCCAACAACGGAGCCAGUCUGAUCGUCGUAUGGCGCGCAAGCAUGAGGCUUUACAACGAAUGCAUGCCAGCAAUGCCAUUCGCAUUACGGACCGGCUCAUCGAGCCUUUGUAUCGAGCCUUCCGCCAACAUGCCUCCACGAUGACGGAAGAAAACCCAGAGCACCAGGCACAUCAAGCCACCACCGACGCCGAGUCUUGGAGUAACGCCGUUGCACUCGCCCUGGUCACCCACCUGCGUACUGCCAUUGAUUGGGAUGGCCUUGAAGCCAUCAGCUCAGCUGUCGAUUCAUUUUGCAAGACGCUUACCCUCAAUGAGGACCAGCGAAAGGAAGUACAACAGUGGGCGCGAGAUCAGGAGGAACAGGUGCGCGAGGCUCUACGUGCUAGCCAGACCCACAGCAAUGCCACGCAGCAUGGACGGGACCUGCAGCGUCGUGCGCGGUUGGCGGAAGACGUGGUGCGAAACGAGGUCUUGGCAGCAGCCGAGGCCGUAGCGACGGCCUUUCGUGAUCUCGAAUGCACGUUUGAAGUGGUGCCGCUUCCACCCUAUGCGGCCCAUUACUGCUGCUGUGGUACAGAAACGAUCAUCAUCAAGGCCCGUAAGCGCCACGUGGGCAAUGCCGGACCGGUCCUGGCUGAGCGCUUUGCUGCAGCCCGCCGCUUCAUCCUGGGACAAGCCACUUGCCUACGCGACCUCACUGUCAACCAGGUGGAGAUUGAGGCCGACUUUGGUUCGUGGCUCUGCCAACUCGUGCGCAACGAGAAGGAAAAGGGCGUCGACGAAGCCAUUCGCAGCCGCCUGCGCUGCUUUGAGCCCUUGGAUGCUGCCCUCCUGGUGAUGGUCGCGAAGCGUUUCUGCCCUUGCGAUGCGUGGGCACCUGACGUGGACACUUCAGCCAUAUUGAGCGUCAUUCUCGAUACCCUGCGCUCCGCACCAGAGCGACGGCUCCGACUGGCAGCGCCCCCAGACCGCGAUCCCACGCUCCGUGUUGUGGGAACCGCCCUCAAAACGCUUCAUACAUCAUUCUUUGACCAGUAUGAUCGCGGCAUCAAGCCCAACACGCGUGACUUACUGCCCAACAUUGCCAGUCUAACAGAGACCUACCCACCAUGGGCCUUGGCCGGCUGCAUACUGCUCUUUACGGGCAUCAUCCCCAAGGGACAAGACGUGGCGACCCAUCGAGCCUGGCGGCAAGCUGUGGCUAUGGGUGCUCGAGUGGUCGACGAGGUGAAGUUUGCCUCCAUACUGAUGUCUCGCCGUGUGACGCAUGUGAUCGCGCGAAAGGCGGGCACGGAAAAGUUGAAUCAGGCCUUGGACUAUCCUGGCGUGUUCUUGGUUUCAUUGCGUUGGUUGGAGGACACUUUCCAUCAGGGUGCACGAGCAAAGGAAAGCAAAUACCCCCUCGAGGGUCUGCCGAGCUGUGUCCCUAGCCGCUCAAAACCGGCCCAUAAGACCGCCAGCCAGACGGCCCCUCCAAGCAACCGGACGGCCUCUGAAGGCCCCGAGCCUGAGAAGAAGCGCAGCAAGUGGGCUGCACUUGCCGACGAGCUGGAUGAUGAGCUGGGGGACUUGACAUCAGAAGAUGAAGAGGAUGAAGAUCAAUCGGAGGCAAAAGUCGUGUAUAGCGAGUCCGAGGAUGACCGUGCUCGCAAGCAACCCGUGCCUCGAGCUGCGUUACCUGAUGACUUUCAUACCUGGCGUAAACCCAAGCGAACUGUUCAGCGGGAAAGUGAAGGGUCUGAGUCACGCGACUCGGCACCGCAACCCGCUCAACGGCGCCAGACGGCCACCCUGGAUGAGUUAGAAGAAAAAGGUUACACCAUGAAGAACGACAGCGAUGCUGAUGAGGACGCCGAGGAAUCCUUUGACGAGGUCAGCGCCAGUGAGGACGAGGGUGGCAUGGACUUGACUGGUGAAUAA